UUUGAUUAUUUUCAACGGGUCAAGAUGGCGGAGGAGAGCAGGUUGAAGCAUCGGAAUCACUCUCCGCAAAAUUGCAAAAACAGCAUUUUCGGCGAAGGUGAGCAUGGGGUGGAGGGUGUGCCUCAUAAGAUGAGCCCUGAGGAAGAGGAGGCCCUGUUGUUGGAGGAAGAUGAAGAAGAUGCCUUGUCGGCCAGGCCGAUCCAGAUCGUUGUGGCUCACGAGGACGACCACGCCUUUGAGCUCGACGAGGCGGCGCUGGAGCGCAUCCUGCUGCAGGAGCAUGUGCGCGACCUCAACGUGGUGGUGGUGUCGGUGGCCGGUGCCUUCCGCAAGGGCAAGUCCUUCCUGCUGGACUUCAUGCUGCGCUUCAUGUACAACCAGACAUCUUGCUCCUGGCUGGGUGGGCACGAGGAGCCACUGACGGGCUUCACCUGGCGGGGGGGCUGCGAGAGGGAGACCACGGGCAUCCUGGCCUGGAGCGAGGUGUUUGUGGUGGACAAGCCAGACGGGAGCAAGGUUGCUGUUCUUCUAAUCGACACACAGGGGGCUUUCGACAGCCAAUCGACCAUCAAAGAUUGUGCGACGCUGUUUGCGUUGAGCACCAUGACCAGCUCUGUACAGGUUUACAACUUGUCUCAGAAUGUGCAGGAAGACGACCUUCAACAUCUCCAGCUCUUUACUGAAUAUGGAAGGCUGGCCUUGGAAGAAAUCUAUGAGAAACCCUUUCAGACUUUAAUGUUUCUUAUACGAGACUGGAGCUACCCUUACGAGCAUUCUUACGGCUUAGAGGGAGGCAAGAGUUUCCUGGAGAAGAGAUUACAAGUGAAACAGAACCAGCACGAGGAGCUGCAGAAUGUCAGGAAGCACAUCCACUCCUGCUUCUCUAACAUUGGCUGCUUCCUCCUGCCCCACCCCGGCCUCAAGGUGGCCACCAACCCCAACUUUGAUGGCAGACUCACAGAUAUUGAUGACGAUUUCAAGACUGAGCUAGUCAACCUAGUGCCAAUCUUGUUGUCCCCGGAGAACUUGGUGGAGAAAGAAAUCGGAGGAUCCAAAGUGACGUGCCGAGACCUUGUACAGUAUUUUAAAGCAUACAUGAAAAUAUACCAAGGGGAGGAGCUGCCUCAUCCCAAGUCAAUGUUACAGGCAACGGCUGAAGCCAACAACCUCGCAGCUGUUGCAGGCGCAAAAGACAUUUACAACAAAGGCAUGGAGCAGGUGUGCGGAGGCGACAAGCCCUACAUGGCCCCCGAUCAACUGGAGUGCGGCCACGCGAACCUGCGGCAGGUGGCGGUCAAACACUUCCGCUCGGUCAAGAAAAUGGGCGGCGAGGACUUCUGCCGGUGCUACCAGGAGCAGCUGGAAGCGGAGCUGGACGAGGCCUUCACUAACUUCAUCAAACACAACGAUGGCAAGAACAUCUUCUACGCGGCGCGCACGCCCGCCACGCUCUUCGCCGUCAUGUUCGCCAUGUACGUGGCGUCGCUGGUCACGGGCUUCCUGGGUAUCAACACAGUGGCCACGGUGUGUAAUCUCAUUAUGGGCGUGGCACUGGCUGCGCUCUGCCUUUGGGCCUAUGUGAAGUAUUCCGGCGAGUUCCGCGAGGUGGGCAGUGUCAUCGACCAGGUGGCCGAGACCCUGUGGGAGCAGAUCUUUUCCAAACUCUUUGAGGUGGCGAGGAGUCGAGUCCCAUUGGAUUCCUUGAUAACGGCCCAGAGAACGAGACUAGCCUCGAACAACAAUGUCAAGAAGAAAAACUAGCACCUGCCGUUCCCCCCCCCCUUCGCUUAGUUUCCGGUGUCCAUUUUUAGGACUAUAUAUAAAUGUUUUCUUUUUUGAUAGCUCAUGGUCCCCAUGCCAUGCUGGUUUAGUAUUUAAAAGCGGCAUUUUAUACCUGGUUCUCACCACAAAUGUAGAAUACAGGUUGGCACUUUCAUGGUUGAAUUCUCAUAUGUUGUGGGGUUUAGGGUGGGUAGGGUGACAUCGGGGAGUGUGUGCGCGUUCAUGAUAAGCUGCCACGAUUUCCAUUUUUGGUAUGGAUGAAUGUACGAACAAACAAAUGAAGCUUGCUUUCUUUUCUUUGCUCCUUUCUCUCCACCUCCAGUUGUAGGUUUUAUCCUUUUCCC